AUGCAUGAUCUGCUUUGGUGGACUGCCGUGGUGAGUGGACUUUCCACCGCCUCGGCAGUUGCUAUUUUCUCGUCUUCUGGCAGAGAAAUGCGCGCGAGAGAUACCUGCAGCGGGCCCACCGCUUCUUCUCCUACGAGCUACUGGCUUCUCAAUCAAGAUCACACUGGCAAUCCCCGAGGCUAUGCCCCUGAAGUUUCCAACGCCAACUAUCCCGUGUGGCGCAAUGUCUUGGACUAUUCUGCUUCGGCUGACGGAUCUGGCGACCAAACAAGCAGCAUCCAGAAUGCGAUCAACGACAAUGGAUCGGGUGGCAGUCGUGAAGGUCAGGGUGUUACUAGAUACCCGGCGGAAGUCUUCCUCCCCGGUGGAACAUACCAGCUUGGAAGCACUUUGAACUUGCGUGUCGGGACCAUCAUUACUGGUGACCCAUUGAAUCCACCGGUGCUCAAAGCGGCAGCUGGUUUCAGCGGUGAUACGUUGAUCAAUGGGUUCGACAGUAAGAAUGGUCAGCCUGAGACCAGUUUUAUGACACUCCUACGCAACGUGGUUAUUGAUACCACUGCGCUCAGCGCUAGCACCACAAUUACCGCGCUGCAAUGGGGUGUCGCUCAGGGCUCUGGCUUGACCAAUGUCAAAAUCAAGAUGCCUACCAGCUCUACCGGACACACCGGUAUCAACAUCAACGGUGGAUCGACCAUCGCCGUGACGGAUGUCGACAUUACCGGUGGUGCCGUCGGCAUCAAAAACUCCAACCAGCAGGUCAACUUCAAGAACAUCUACUUCAGACAAUGUACGACUGCCUUCCAGGCUUCUGGUGGCCAUACCGCUCUUCUUCAAGGGGCAACAUUCGAUACCGUCGGUUAUGGUAUUGACAUGACCAGCAACGGACUUGGAAGCAUGGUCCUGCUGGAUUCCACUUCAACAAACUCAGGCACCGUAGUGAAGUUCCAUGACUCCUCCAACGACAGCGGUAACCGCAAUAGCCAGAUCACCAUUCAGAAUCUUGUCCAUGAUACUACCAAUCCUAUCGCCGUCGACAGCAAUAAUAACGUGAAGCUCGCCGCUACCAGCAAGGUCGAUACAUGGGUGUGGGGUAACAUCACUCCCGGUCAGUACGUAUCAGGCGAGAGCCUCACAACCUCCAGACCGGAUGCGCUCUUAUCAAAUGGCAAAUACUUCACUCGCGCCCAGCCCACCUACGCGCAGUAUGCCGCAGACCAGGUCGUGAACGUCAAAGCCGUGAGCGGCUACCCAGUCUACGGCGAUGGCAGAACAAACGACGUGGAAUCCCUCAAUGCCAUCCUAGCGAAUAACGCAGCCAACUGUAAGAUCUCAUAUUUCCCAUACGGAGUCUACACCGUCAAAGAUACCCUCAAGAUCCCCGUGGGCUCGCGCAUCAUGGGCGAGGCAUGGGCCGUGAUUUCCGGAGCAGGCGAUGUAUUCAAGGACGCCUCGAACCCAAAGCCAGUAGUUCAAGUUGGACAAGCAAACGAUGUGGGCGUCAUCGAAAUCCAGAAUAUGCGCUUCAGCGUCGGCGAGAUCCUCCCUGGCGCGAUCAUCCUCGAGGUCAAUGCCGCCGGCACAAACCGCGGUGAUGUAGCCUUGUGGAAUACCCUCGUGACCGUUGGCGGCACUGCUGAGACGAGCAUCAAGGAUAACUGCGACAACCAAGACACCUCGCAGUGCAUGGCGGCAUUCCUAAUGGUGCACCUCACCAAGUCGUCAUCUGCGUAUAUCGAGAAUUUCUGGGGCUGGACUGCAGACCACAAUCUAGACGGUGGAUCAUCGGUCACGAUCAUCUCUACCGGACGUGGCAUCCUCGUCGAAGCGACAAAGGGCACUUGGCUAACCGGAACGGGAUCCGAACAUAAUUGGCUAUACAACUACAACUUCAAAUCUGCACAGAACGUCUACGCGGGUAUGCUCCAAAGCGAGAGCCCCUACAUGCAAGGCGAAGGCGCGACACAAACUGCGCCGGCGCCUUGGACAGCCCUGGCCACGUAUGGUGAUCCCGAUUUCUCAUGGUGCGGUGGAGGCGAUCAAAAAUGUCGGACGUCACUUGCGACGAAUGUUGACGGUGGCAAGGAUGUCUUGCUUUAUAACAGUGCCGCAUGGGCUUUCUUUAAUGGGCAAUGGAAUGGCGAUUAUGGAACUCAGUGUUCUGGGUCGUGUCAGACGAAUAUGAUGCGUGUUACUGGCUCUCCGGAGAAUUUGGUGUGGUAUUCUGUCAAUACGCGCAAGGCUGAUGUGAUGAUUCUUGAUGGGCAGUCAAACCCUACGGAGUAUAAUCAUCCAGGGGGUGGGAGGCUAUAA